CGAGACUCCACCGCGAGACGCGUAUCCUCGCGCGACAGAUCCGCGUGGGAGAAGGUGGAAGACAAGCUGGUACGACCGUGCACAGUGUCUCUCGGUGUGUCGGAUAUCCAUAAGCACUUCGAGGCUUCAAGGAGGUGUCCUCCCUCCCCUCCUCCGCGCGCACCGGCGAGAUGAGCUACCUUAAGUCGGUCGGCACCGUCUUCAUCUACAUCGGCCUGUUCCUGGCCCUGAUCACGUUCAUACCCGGUCUACCGCCGGACACGGAGUUCAAGGAGUACAGCAUCACUCCGUCGCGCCAGCUUGAUCCUAAGGUGGGCCCGAAGAAGCGGCUAAAUGGCGUUCAGAGAUUGUUCGAAGGCAAGAUCAAUUGCCCGGAGGGUUUCGACUCCUACAACGGGCAGCUCUACACCGGCGUCCACGGCGGUCAUGUCCUGAGGAUCGAGGAGGAUCGCUUAGUGCCGAUCGUCAAGUUCGGCGAGAAAUGCGAUGGCAUUUGGCAAGAACACAAAUGUGGAAGGCCAUUGGGAUUGAGAUUUGACAAGAAAGGCAAUUUAUAUGUAGUGGACACCUAUUACGGAAUUUUCAAAGUAAAUGUUGCAACCGGAGAAUAUGAAAAUAUAGUGAACAUUUCUAAACCGAUUGGUGGAAAAUUUUCGCGGACACCCAACAGCGUAGAUGUCGCGAAAAAUGGAGAUCUUUAUUGGACUGUCAGCAGCACAGACUUUGCUCUUUACGAUAUAAUGAUGAUGUUUCUAUCGAAUCCAUCGGGAAGGCUUAUUCGUUAUAACGCAGCUAAAAAGGAAAACGAAGUAUUGAUGGAAAAUCUUGCAUUCGCGAAUGGGGUCAUGUUAAGCGAUGACGAAAGUUUCGUAAUUGUGGCAGAAACGCAAGCGAAACGACUUAUGAAAUAUAAUUUGAAAGGGCCGAAGGCCGGACAGCAGGAGGUUCUGCUUGAUGGGCUACCGGGUUCACCGGACAAUAUUAACAGCGAUGGCCACGGUGGUUUUCUCGUCGGUUUGAUCAUCGGUAUUGACCCUGAGCGUCCUCAACUCGACCAAUCUCUCGCGCCACAUCCGUACUUGCGUAAGAUGUUGGUACGAUUGUUCGUGACGAUGGAAUUGCCGUUUAAACUGUUGCACGACAUUUAUCCCAAUGUUUAUACGGAGAGACUUCUGCACGCGAUCGGAUCAUUCCAAGGCGCUGGGCCCUUAAUGGACUUGGUGGAGAAAAGCUUGCUAAUGAGAUUAGAUCCGUCUGGUAACAUUAUUGAAAUCCUUGAUGCAGACGAUGGCAAAUUCGAGCAUGUAAGUGCAGCCCACAUACACAAUGACUUUGUGUAUUUCGGCUCUCCGUGGGUGAAAUAUCUCAGCCGAAUCCCGUUGAAGGAGGCGUUCCCUGAUCUAGCUGACAGUGCGAAACAGUCUUCUCGCGCUAGGAGUGAAAAGGCACCGUCGAAUGCCGGUUCAGACGUGAAGACAGAAAGAGUGAAACGAGGAACGGAUUCCGCGAAACCAGUCGAGUCGGCCAGAGCUUCCCAGACAACGCCAAAACCAACUGCCGCUCCUACAACAACAACCACGCCUAAGCCGACCGCUGCGCCGAAGCCAUCUCCAGCUCCUAAACCUACUGCUACAGGCGGCGGCAACGUGAAACCGGAAACUAAAUCGUCUAAUGCCGAAGCCAAGAAGGACAACGCAAAAACAGCUGGCGCUGCGAAAUCAAGUUCCCCAAAGUCCGAACAGAGUAGCAAAAAAGAGGCUUCUGGAAAACAAACGGCGCAGGAAGCACAAUCCGAGAAAGCUAAGCGGAUCAAAACGAACCGUCCGAAAGACGAUUUUAGGAGGCGAGCAACAACCCCCCCGGCGAGAAGCGAUCCCGAGAGCGUGCCGAGCGCGAACAUGUUUCGGGACGGCCAGUAUCUGGAGGUGAUCAAGCGAUUUGUGUCGAGCGAAUUGCUAUCGUGUCGCAACGUGUGUCCGCAGGCCUCGGACGAUUGCCUGGCGACCGCCGUGGUCACCGUGCAGGAGAGAACGGUGGAGAUCGAGAAGCGGAAGGUCACCACGAACAAGUGGCUGCAGGUCGAGGACUGGGCGGCUCUGUACAAGAUAUUGGAGCGAGCGGUCCUGCGGAACGGCCGCCAGGGCGAUGGAUCGUAUCGCGAGGCCCGGGGAUGCGAGUGGAAAAAAUCGACUCGUCAGCUGGAAAUCACGUACACUUUCGAGCAUCCAGAAAGCGCAAGCGAUACGUCGUCCUUGCCCACGAUCAAGGUGCACGUGUCACCAGCCCGGAAGAAAUCGAUGAAGCGAGAAACGAGUAACGAGACAUCGAAGAGGAGCAAAGUGAAAACGCACGAGGACGCGGCGAAACGGACGAAAGAGGAGAGGUCUCCCGAUCUUCGAACGACGACAAAAGCCGAUCGACUGAAGAAGACGCCGGAGAAAUCUUCGGUGCAGACUUCCCCGAAGAAGACAGAGACUCCGAGCGCGACCCCCGCGACGGGGGAGCAAGGGGACCUGAAGAGGAAGAAGUGUCGGACGUACACGCUCUCCGACGAUCUGGAGAACGAGUCGCUGGAGGAGUACAUCCCGGACGCGCCGAGGACGAAGCGAUCGUGCCCGGACUUCAAGUACGUGCCCAGCCGGAAGAGCGCGUUGGAGAGCAUGCGAGUAACGUCGAACGAGUACACGCCGACCCUGUGCGACGGCAAGGACGCACGCGUCGCGGAGGACGUGAGCUACGUGCCGAAUUCUAUCGAGAAACUCGAGACGAAUUACGAGAUCUACGAGCCACGCGCCACCACGGUGAUACCCGACGGCGUUUUCGAGGAGUACGUGCCCAAUUCCAAGGGACUCAAUUCCGCCGUAGAGGAGUACGAGCCCGACUUCAAAUCCCCGAGUAAACUGAUGAAAUUCGACGACAGUUACGUGCCCUCGAGCGUGCGACGGAGCGCGUCGAACGACUCGAAGAGAACGACACCGACGAAACCGGAGAAGUCGAGGAGACUAGAGGCUCGUCGGAAGGGGACGGUGGACAAGAAGAAGAUGGAUCUCUUCUCGUGAGGUACACACGAAGUGAAGUGCUUAUAAGUGCGGUGAAAAAGGCGACUGAAAAAAAUUUUGCAGGGAGAGAAAAUGGAUUUUGGUACGACUGACAAAGCUGUAAAAAGUGUAGUCUUUCUCUUAAUACGAUAUAUAAGACUUCAUAUAUUACAUUACUGUAUAGCGAUAUUCAUAAUAAAAUACUUAUUCUUGCUAAGUA